CUGUCUGCCAGGAAGCCCGUCGUGCGGUUCCCUUUCGCGUUCGGUUCAGGUGACUUACAUAUAAAAUUCAGAUCCCAUCCGCGACGAUGGUGCAUUCUUGUCGAGACAGUGGCGCGGUGAAGACGUUCCAACCCCGUUUCCGUUCAGGGUUCUUUUCGCGGCCGAAUGCACGCCCACGUGGCUGUUUACUGCACCCGCCAGAGGGAGGGUUCGAGGAUAACGGAAGCCGACGACCACGUGGUCCCUCAUAGCACGUGGUCUCGCAACCUCAGGUGGACCUCUGGCGAACGCGGCACCAACGAGCGCAAGAUGGACUCUCCUUGCACGAGCGAUGGGAAUCCCAAGCCUUCCGAGCCUCUCGACCAUCUUCGGUGAGCCGUGAAACACGAAUCCUCGCAUCGAUACCCGAAAAUAUAACGAAUACCGCGUUGUCACCGUGGACCCGAUGGAAAAGCACGCGCGCGCCACGUGGUCAGCUGGGUUCACAGAUGGCGUUGUGGUACUGGAGCACGCGUGAGGUAUCACGGUCACGUUGUUUGGUACAAGAAAGAGCAAGGAGUGACGUUGUGAAGAUGAUAUCCGAUUCUCAGUAGACCAACGCGAAGUGAAGGUACUAUCUUUAAAGAGAACUAAACAAUGAAGAAGAGGAACGAAGGAAGGGAAAAGGGAAAAAGAAGCAAAGCAGAGACGAUGCGGGGAAACCUAUCGUCGAAAAACCCGUUCACCUGCAGGAGGGAAGCCGAAGGAAGGAAUCAGGUGGCGCCUAAAGGUCACGAUAUCACGGCCGCGUUGAACUCCACGGGAAGAAAGCGGUCUCGAAGGCGCUGCGAGCCUUCGGGGACCGACGAUUCGACGAUGCGUACGUCUGUGCGUUGCUGGCUGCGUACGUCGUCAUGUCCUCAAAGAGAUUGUGAAGGCCUUCGGACAGCGCGCACAGGAAUACAAAGUACUGGACUACGGUGUAGGCGCAUUCCAAGAGAUGACUGGCAUUGAAAUCUGUCCUCAAGCCGCACCCGCUGCCAGCUCUUAGCUGUGUAUGACCGGAAUACAGAAGAUGGCGGCCAUAUUAGGUCCCCUCUUCGCGGCGACAUGUGUGUGUAUGUGUGUGCACGUGUGUGUGAAUGCGUGUCUGUGUCGUGUCAACGGUGUCCCAUUGUGAUACACCCGCGAUUCACCCAGUCGAAAGGAUUUUCUAUUCUCGGGGUGCCGGUUCUUCCUCCUGUUCAUAUCCGAAGCGCUCUGCCGACGCGGAACGAUGCGACGAUGACAAGACGAUGGUCCAUCAAAUUCAUCCUGUACGCUACUGUUCAACGGGAAGACGACGAAGAUCGGAUGUCACGGUGGAGGAUAACGAUUCUUGGAAAAAUGAAGGAAUGCAAGCCCAAGACUGAUGCGGUCCGCUGUGUCGGCUAUCCGAGGAGAGAUGAAAAAAGCUCCAUUGAUUCCUCCGUCGAUCUGUCGACCCGCGAACCGGGAGGCCACUCGCUUAUUGUACUCGUUAUUGAUGAUCCCGGAAGUGUACGCGCUCAUUUCUACAGUCAAUCAUCGCCGGCUGUACGCAUCGAAUCGAUCCCAAAUCUCCACUCAAUAUUUCAUACCAGCCCAGCUAACGAUCGGAUCCUACAAGAGCGUAUGACGAAGUUCACUUUCAACCCAUCAAUGGAUGAAAAUUCUGCAUCUGAUCUGGCAGAAUGGAAACGGCCGGAGCAAGUGAUGCAGCUUCAUCGAUUGAAGCUGAAAAAGCGAGCGCUUCAGGCACGCAUGAACAGAACUUUGGUAGAAAAGGCUUUACCUUCGAUAGAUCAGAACAGUUCAAUUCCUAUAACCGACAUCAGACAAGGUUCAACGACUUUGAAGCGUAAAAACCCAUUCUCUAAAAAUGUAACUACGUUUAAAAAGCACAAAACAACGCCAUUGACAGCGCAGGAAUUGGAAGCGAGCAGCGACACAACCCUUUUUGAGUUGUUGAACAUUCAAAAAUCGGGAAACACCGACAAGCCUGGGCAAAAUACCCCCCUCUCAUUUUCCAGCGUACUGACAAAACUAGAGAAUGGAUACGCAGAGGAGGAACCAACACCAGCGCCUCAAGGAAAUAACUACAUCCCAAUAGAUUGGACGCUGAAUACCAAGAUGCGAUUCAUGUCUCCGAAACCAUUUGCUUGGAAUGGAAAAUUAAAAACUAGCGAAGAAGCAUCUGGCACUACUGGGUUUGUUCGCUGCGUGGACAUCGGUGAAAAGGAAACUACAUUAGACACUAGUCCUAAUGCAAGGUUUCACCAAUGCUGUUUGGUAUGGCAGCAUCCUUCGCUACCUUGGUUAGAAUUAUUUCCUCGCUCUGCUGGCAGAGCUAGUGCUGCAAUAUCGAGCAGCCCAAUGGCAGCAACAAACCAGCACAUCAAAGACGCUCUGCACCGGGAAUGGAGUGAAAGCUUCAGAUCGUUGUUCCAGCUAGUGCGUGCAAGACAAUGUCCAUACUUUUACGUAUGCGCAAACACGUUCACAGUUCUCUUCCGUGCUGCUGGUAUUUGCGGUGUUUCAGAAGUUCACGCCCUUCUCACACCGACCACCAGAGGAUUUAGACAAAUUCUUAAGCAAGAAGACAUAGAGUUUACGAUGCCAUUGAAAAAAAAUUCCAAAAGGCGGUCAGAUACAACCGAUUCUGGCUGCGAUACUCUGGACUCUUCAGCAUCAAAUAUGACAAAUCCUACUGACACGGAGCAUUUUAAUGACGAAGAUGAAGACGAGGAUGGGCCAGCAGACAAGUGGUUGCAAAGCCUCGGAUUUGAAGAUUCUGAAAUUAGAAAAAUAAAUAAUUUGCAGGCUCGUCUUACUCAGGAUAAAGAAAGUGAAAUAGACAACUCGGCGGAGUCGUUAAUUUUCGUUCAAGACGUCGAGACGCAAGCUUUAUUUAACUUUUUGAUAAACUGUAAAUCGUCGAUCGCUUCGACCGGUGCCUUGGCAGGCAUUCCUCCAACUCUUUUGGCGCCCGUUGCAUUUCACGGCGCAACGCUGAAGCCGCUCAAGGUCAGAGAGAGCGUCGUGACCAUAGAUAUGGAGAAAUUUUAUUCCCUCGAGCUGCGAGGACCGCUCUUACCGCACACGUUGCCGAGCCUUUGCCAUUUGAUGACUUCGAGUCACCUGGAACAAUUCUCGGUCAGCUGCGCGCAUCUCAAUUCGACUAUUCCAUUUUCGCGAGCAGGAAAUGGACGAGGAGGUGCAGCCGCCUCGGAAGAAUCUGUAAAGGCGCCAUCUAACGUGUUUGGUGAAGAAAAUCUCAGCGAUUGCGGUUUUAGCGGGAAGCUGCUCCAACAUUUUUGCUGUCCAGAUCCGCAACGCAUACAGAUCUUAGAAAGUUUGAAAUUCUCCAAUGACGGAUACGUGUGGUCUUGAUCUAUGUCGAUGAUAAUUUAGGAUUAAGUUUUAAUCGAAAAGUUACGCGUUCACUAAACGCUACUACAAAAGAUAACUUUUUUUGCGGUGCAGUAAAUUAACAGUAGCAUUAUUCAAAACAUUCAGUACAAUGAAUGCUCAAUUCGUCGCAAUCAGCAAUUAUCUUGACAAAAAAGUAUCAUUGAUAUUUAUUUAACUCGCGCCUUAACGAUGCAUUUUGACCUGUGACAAAAUAUUUGGUUUACCUCGACUGUUAGAAGUCGUUAUUAUCAAUCAUUACUCCAAGGUUAUGUUUUUUUUUUCAUCACGGCGCAUUUGAUAUCGCAUUUUUUGUAGAUAUUACACAAAGAAUUAGACAUGCGCUACAAACGAUUUAAUCGGCAUGAUUUUCUGCAAAGUAAUUAGCAUCUCGAAUAAACCAGAAUCCACCCGACAAUGUUCUGCUUGCUCGCAGCCCAGCGAUUUUAUUUUAUCUACAUCACGACAGUUAUUGUUAUUUUAUUUAUUAUAGCUAUUAAGACGAAAUACCGGCAUCUUAUUUUUUUCACGUUGUAUAUUGCGUGUUGAUUAGGUUGAGAUUUUCAAAAAAUCACAUAUUACAAACUGUAAUUCAUUUUGAUAUAGGUGUAUAUUUUUGCAUAUCAAUUGAAUAAUAAAAUGCAUACAUUG